CAUCAGUUACACAUCUACUGCCAGUGUUACGACAGUAUUCAAAUAGUAUACCAAAACAUAAAAUAAAAUCUUUAUAGCAAAAUAAAUUUGAAGAAAAGAUUAGUAAAUCAGAGUACAUUAUGAAUUUCGCAGAUCACAAAUUUUUUGUGAUCUCAGUUAAUGUUUUGGUGAUCAUCUUCAUAAUUUACACAAUAAUCGUGUUAUCUCAGAUGUAACAAAGUAAAGCGAAAGUUCAAAAAUACAAAAAAAAGUUACAUUUAAAGAAAAAAACAAGAAGCAAGUCAUUUUCAGUGUAUUUAAAACAGUGUCACCGAACGAUCCGAACGUCUUAAGCAAAAUGUAUCAAACCACCAAUCAAAUUGCAAUAUAUCUUUUACUUUUCACUUUACGCAACGUGAUUGUAGCAGCUGAUCCAAACGUUAUAACCAAAUCGGAAUGGAAUGGCGUUGAGGCGUCCAAUGAGCUCACUAGACAAUCUUUGCCAGUGGGCCGCGUCGUAAUUCUGCACACAGCUGGGAUAGACUGCGCUGAUGUGGAUAUCUGCUCUCAGCAAGUUCGAAACAUCCAACAUUUUCACAUGCAAAGCUUUAAUUUCGAUGAUAUUGCCUAUAACUUUCUCAUCGGCAAUGAUGGCAAUGUUUACGAGGGACGCGGCUGGGAUUAUAUCGGUGCUGCUAUCAAAAAUUAUAAUGUGGGUGGUCUUAGCUUGGCUUUUAUGGGCACAUUCGUGAAGACCACUCCCAGCGCCCAAGCAUUAGACGCGGCUCAAUCCCUAUUGGAAAUGGGUGUACGGACGUCCAAGUUAAUUGGGGACUAUAAGCUUUUCGGGCAUCGCCAAUUAUCGCCAACGGAAAGUCCGGGCGCGGCCUUAUAUGAGAUCAUAAAGCAGUGGCCACAUUGGAGUCGUAGCAUUAGUUGAAAAAAGUACCCAUAUAUGCCAAUUGUUACUUGUAAAGUAAUCCCAAAUAUAUAUACAACAU